AUGUGUCAGGCUGUGCCUGACUCAAGAGACAACUUGCGCGAAGUAGAGUUCAAGCAAAAUGACGAUGACGGACAACAGGCAGAGAGGGAUGAGAAGGGACCCAGGACUUGUGGUGGUGGUACGUGGAGGCUCGCCCCGAAAAAUGUGCUUGUUUUGUUGGACGCUACGGACUGGGCGGACUGGGCGGACUGGGGCGCGGGCAUUGCGUCUUUUGGUGUGUUUUGGUGGGGUGAAUACGUCGUAAUGGCGGCUUGGAGGCUUUUAGCGUGCAAUUGUCCACCGGUUGGGGACCCCCCCGACGUGUCAGGCGUGGCGGUAGUGGUGGUGCCUGCCCACUGUGACGAAAUGUGGUCAAUCUCCGGUGCUCGGAUUGGUGCAGAGCGGCCUGGUGUCAGAACACAUCGUGUUUCAUGCACGGCAAGGAGACGAGAGGCGCAAAAUGCAUCCCCAAGAUACUACAAAAGCGAGGACGGCAAGGAAAUGUCGCCUGAGCACGAUAGGGUGACCUGGAUCUAUGGCAAAAGCGUUGGCUUCAAGGCUUGCGAGACCAAGGGCCUGCGACGUAACAAGGUCUUGUUCCCUGUCCUGUUGAAUCAUGUCGUCCCUGCAUCGGUGGAGCGAGGCGCUCCUCGACAAAACUGCGCGUUUGUUGGCAAGUAA